CUCUUCUGUAUUCAUGAAAAUAUGAUCAUGCAGAUGUUAUGUGUUGGGAUGUGAUGUUCGGGGAGAUCCACUGUAUGAAGAGACUUGGACAAACCAAACAAUCCCAAUGGAGCAGAACAGUAAUGGGAAGCUGCAUCUUGCUUCAUGUUUCAUGUUUCAAAAUGCCAGCUCUCUACCUCCAACCCCUUCUAAUCACUCAACUACCUGCCCGGUGACAGCCAACAGAAGUAUCACUGUCCCCUGUAAGGAUGGAUUUGUCUAUGACCGAUCCAUCUUCCAGUCCACUGUCAUCACUGAGUGGGACUUAACAUGUGAUGCAGGAGAAUAUCUGGUGGCCCUGAGCCAGAGUUUGUACUUUGUUGGGAUCCUCCUUGGUGGACUUAUCUUUGGAUCCCUUGCUGAUUGGUAUGGGCGGCGUAUGGCUCUGAUCCUGAGCAUCAUCCUCCUGGCAGUCUCAGGGAUUCUGGGUGGGGCAGCAAGGCAGUUCCCACUCUUUGUCUUCCUUCGUGUCUUGACUGGGAUGGGUAACCAAGGCAUCUUCCUUUCCUCCUUCAUCCUUGGUAGGGCUUGUGGUGGUGUCUUAGGAACCAAAAAGGAAGAAACUGCCAGUGUCCAUUUUACCCUAUCUCUACACCUGAAA